AUGUGCGCAUUUCUGCUCCUCGUUCCGCUCUUCUCCGGCCUCGUGGCGAAUGCACGAGUCAAAGACCAGCGCAUCCCGGUGACUGUGCUUACCGGCUUCCUCGGCAGUGGUAAGACGACCCUGCUCAACCACCUCCUCACGAAACAGCACGGCAAGCGGCUCGCUGUUGGUAUCGACGACGCGCUGCUUGGGAAGAACGCCCGCGAGGAGGCUGAGCCUGAGAUCAUCGAGAUGAUGAACGGCUGCAUCUGCUGCACCGUCCGGCAGGACCUCAUUGUCGUGCUCAAGCGGAUCUCGGAGAGGGUGAGCUCCGGCAAGCUCAACAUCGACGCCGUCGUGAUCGAGACGACGGUGUGCCUGUCUUGCAGCCGCCACGUCCUGUGCGAGCAUUACGACCCCUCG